UAACGGUGUUAAGUUGAGUUUGACCUUGAAUCUCGUUGUCACGUUUUACUUGGGUCGGAAUUCAUCAGAUGUUGCCAAAUAUCAAAUCCUUAAAAACCAGCUGCUGAUCAAUUCAAGUGAUCAGAAUCUUACGACUAACGAUGAACAAUGAAAUAAAUGGGCGAAAAGUAACACAUUUCUUCGAUACCUCAGCUCACCACAAAAAAAUGUGAAUCUGAAUGUCCGUAAAUUUAAGAACCUACAUUUGAAGAAAAUGUCUAAAACGUCUCAUUCUGUUAUUGCUUCAGGAACAUGAGAAAAAUUGAUUGUUUUGACGAAUAAGAUUUAAAACUGUUAGAAUUUUGUGUUAGAUUACAGAAAACAACAAUAAUGCUUGAUCAUUAGUUGUACUCACUAAUCUUUUUUUCAUCUGCCACUAUAGGUGCCUAUGAAUUCUCCUUGAAAAUAAUACUGUCACAUAAACACUGUAAUCCAAUAAGUAAGAUAGGUAUAUACCUUAUUUCAGGUAGAUGUUUUCAUGCCAAAAAGAUCUCGUUAUUCGAAUAUGACAGGUUGGUCACAUUCUUUCUACAUCUUGUUCGGCUAUCGUAUAAACAUGUAUCUAGGACGUUGGAGCGGAUUCACGUAACUAAUCAAUGAAAUAAUGCUGGAUCCUAAAAUAUUAAAAGAAGAGUUAUUACGUCUGUACCAUUUGGAACAAUUGCAAACCAGUUCACAACCGAUGGAUGAAAAUCACCUGUCAACUUCAGCAUGUGACCACAUCAUUUACUUGAAUGUAGAAAUUACAAGCCUAAACCCUCGUACCUAAAUCCACCAAUUAUCAGUUCAUUAUUCUCAAACCUAGUCAAAUUAAGACGUGUUUCAGAUUUCGAUUAUAUUUCGAAUUUCCAUCAAUUUAGUGUUUCUUUUAAUGGUGUAUAAAAACCAAUUUACAGUUUUUGGAGAGCUUUAACAUUGUCUCUUAAAAUUUAUAUUAGCUCAAUACGUUAAGUGGUAAUAAUGUGUUAUAUUUUUACCUUGCUUCGAAAGUGUGAUUAUUACUUGGUCUUCGCUUUUGGAACUGCUCAACUCCCAGCCUGUAGUGUUCUACAACUAUUCAUUGAUGCAAAUAAAUAGUGAUGUGUAAAGCUUUCCUUUUCUGUUUUUUAAACUGCGGUCAUUCAAACCGAUAAACUUUUGUAAGAGAGUUUCACACUACCUCAUUUUCAAUCGACGGAUCAAUAAUUAUUGUAAAGCUUAGAGUAAGCAUAAUCUCGAAGCCAACCUUAUUUUGCAUCCACUUAGAUCCUAAACUUCGUAAUAAUUUUGAAAGUAAUUUUAUCCCGUGAUCACAUAUUUUCUUCUUGAAUCAUAUCUAGUAUGCUUAAUUACUCUUCCUACCACAAAUAGUUUUAUUGCAUGUACAACUCUGGCAUCUCUGGGCUGAUGUGCUGUUUCUAUUUCAGUCAAUUCACGUAUGUGCCUCGUUUUACGUUAUAUGUGACUGACUGAUUGAAUAACACUGCUGGACGCUAACCUUAAUUCGCUUGUUAAGUGUUUUCGUUUCUCUUACUCGUAAACCUUUAGACAACAGAAGACCAUUGAAUUCUGUGUUCACAUAAACAGUGAUAUAUUAUAAUUUUUUAAACAGGCUUUCAGAGUGAUCUGAAUCCCUUUCAUUCGUAAUUUAUAUGCUAUUGCUAAUAAAAAUUAAUUUAAAGUAGUUUUGUAUACAUCUAGGCAUCCGAAUGCUCGUUUAAGAACUGCAGUGACCUGUAAAUGGAUAAUAUGAAUAUACACACCAUCGAUAGUAAGACUUCUUCACGGAAUUCAGUGAAUUUAGACAGAAGUCGUCCAACCUUAUUUAAGAAAUUUUUGCAGAAGGCUGCAGAAACUGCUUCCUCCUCGAUAGACUUCAAUUUAUCAUUGAGAAAAGUGGAGAAACGAUAUACGUUUCACCCUGAAUCAUUCAGUAAUUUGAUACUUCAAGACAAACCCACCCUCCAUCGAAAUAAAUCAAUGUUGGAAGUGAAAAAGCAUACUAUUGACAGGGAUAAACAUAAUCCAUCAAGGCGUAGAAGAAAAUUGCAGAAAUCUUAUACUACUGAAACUGAUAUUAUUUCACAUGAAGAAGAUAGACAGCAAAGUCUUCUUAAAGUAUGGCGAUAUGAUAUAUUAACUCAUUGGAAAUCAGGUUAUCCAUCUAAACAUAUAAGACAAUACUUUUGGGAAGGUGUUCCUUCAGCUAUUCGUCCCCAAGUUUGGUCUUUACUACUUGAUAAUAAAUUAGGAAUAACUCGAGAAUUAUUCAAUACUUGUCUUAGUCAAAGUAAACACCAUAUUAAAACGAAUAUCAUUGAACAUUCUGGUAUCAUUCAAUAUGAGACAACAAAUUCUAAUCAUUAUGAACAUUAUUCAUUAUUUAACUUAAAUAACACUGCAAAUUCUACAUUUAAUUGUUCUAUGUGUAAUUUUAUAUUCAGUAAAUUGAAUACCAUACCAAUUAAACGAGAAUUUACACAUGUCCCUUGUGUUACUAGUAAUUUAACAAAUUUACAUCAACAUUAUAGGAAAAAUUCUUCCGAAGGAGAGGAAGUAGUAGAAGCAUUUGUUUCAACAAACUCUUUCAAAAUAGAUCCAUCAGAUUUUGAACAAUCAAAUCGAACAGAUCAUACUAUGAAUUUGCAUGCAAUUAAAGUAGACAUGUAUCAAAUAUAUCCAACAUUGAAUUUAUUCUCACCUGGUUAUCCAUAUCAUGAGAGAUUACAUGAUUUAUUAUCAGCUUUUAUUACUUAUCAACCUGAAAUUGGUUAUAUACCAGGGAUGUCAUGGAUAGCUGGUAUGGCUUUGAUAGUUUUUGAUAAUACAUAUGAUGCAUUUGUAACGUUUGCAAAUAUUUUAAAUAGGUCAUAUCAUCAAGCAUUUUAUAGUAUGGAUGAAGAGAAAUUUCUACUAUAUUUUAAUGACUUUGAUAAGUUGUUCUCUAGGUGUCUACCUCGACUUUAUAAACAUUUUAAAGAAGUUGGUUUCGAAACAACUAUGUUUCUGUUCGAUUGGUUCUUUACAUUAUUCAGUCGAAUACUUCCAUUAGAAACAUGUAUACGAAUAUGGGAUUUAUAUUUUCUAUAUGAAGAAUCUGCUUUGUUUUAUGCAGCUUUGGCAAUAUUGAAAUUUUGUGAAAAAGAUUUACUGUCUAAUAAUUUCGAUGACUUAUCAUCAUAUUUAUCUAGUGCAACAUUAUUACAGUCACUGACACCAGACCUAUUAAUUAUUUCUAUGUAUUCGUUUCAUCAUUUAAAACGCUUCAACACUUCAAAUAUGAACAAGACACGCCAGGUUGCCAGUCGAGAGUCGUUAUUUGCUAUGAGUCAACUGCCGUUAUCUUUUUCGAAGGAUGACGUAACUCAGUCUACUUUUAGAUUCUCAUCUACCUACUCUAUGCCACGAUACUCCUUGCAUUAUAUUCCAAAAUCAGGCCCAAUCGACCAUUCGGUACGUAGUCCUCGCUCAAUAUCUGAUGAGUCUGAUGGUGCCUUGGAUAUUGAUGAUCAAUACUUCAAGCCUAAAUCAGGGAAAAAUCCUUAUACAAAGGUCUUCAUAACACCGUGUAAUAAACCAGGUCAAACAGUUGCUCAUGGUAUGAAUGGUGAUAGUAGUAAUGUAAACGGUACUUUACGUAAAGUGAAUAAAUCAACAAAGAAAACUAAUCGUUGUACAAAUCCAUGCUUCUUUCGUCAUACACAUUUACAGUCUUUUGAAGAAAGGUUGGAAGUUAACUCUCAUAGAAAGUUACCACAAUUUUAUUCAUCAUACAGUUUAGACAAUUCAACUACUUAUCACAUUCCAGCUCUUCGACAAAAUAUAAGGAUUUCAAAUAUGAUCAGUAGAACUUCAACCGAAAUGAUUCCAUGAAAAGUAUAAUACGAAUUACUUCUUUAUGCAUUUUUUGUGUACACUUACAACGAUAUAAAAUACACUUACCAUAUACUAGCACUCUUUCCUAAUGUUGUUUUGUCGUUAUAAUAUGAUCCAGAAUACAAAUUGGUUGGUUGAACAGUAAAUAUUUUAAAAUGAAUAUAUUGUUAUGUCUUGCAUAACAUUUUAUCAAUGUUGAUGGUGAGGUCAAUAUUUGGAAUCAGUGAUAUUUAUCUAAAUUUCAUGUUUGCAAAUGAUUUGUUUAUUCCUUUAUCGUCUAUAAUACUAGUUUGUAACUCUCAUCAUUAUUAAACCAUAAUGUUAAUUGUUUUUAUCAAUGAGAUUUAAUACGUAAUUUCUUAAAUUGUAUUUUCUUAUUAAUCAAAAAAUUCAUUUUCAUUCUUAUUUUGUAUAUCCAAUUUUAGAUUAAAAUGUUUACAUUGUUUCACGCAUACAUAAUUAUUUCACUUAUUACGAUUUCUCAAUUAAUUGAAAUGACUUUAUUCCCAUUUAAUAGUAAUUUAAAUGUAU